UUUCGAAUCCCGUUCAGAAUAUAUAUAAUCGCAUUUACUUUAUAAUCGUCGAGUUAAAAAUGCAAGUAAAUUGUCAUUGCUUAAAAAUGUCCUCCUUAUUUAUUUUGGCAAUACUUGUGAAGUUAAGUGCAAAUAAGGCUCCUGGCCGUGGAGAUUUGAGGGUGUAUAAAGGACGGAACGACACUUAUAACGAGUUCCCUUUCAUUGUGCUUCUGCAAAGGAAGAACCCUAGUGGCAGAUCUUGUACCGGCAGCCUUAUAGCGGAAGACUGGGUCCUCACAGCAGCCCACUGCGUUCGAAGUUCUGCGUUACUUGUCAUCAGAUAUGGUGAUUUUACAAAGCCAGCAAACGAAACCACGUUGUACUCAAGCAUGAUAAAAACAUACCUUCACCCUUCCUACAGUGACCCAGGUUUGUUAAAUGAUAUAGCGCUAAUUUUCACUGAAAAAAUACCCAAAAAGAACCUUGCAAGACUGCUGGCGCUCGAGUAUAAAACAUUCCUUGGGCUUCCUGUUAAAUACGCGGGCUUUGGAUUAGUAACAAAGCAUAUUGCUGUGACUUCGAAAGAAAACAGAGAAACGGAAUUCAUUCCUCUUCAAAUUGGCGAGGGUAUUGUGGCCCUUUGUGAACCUGAACUCUAUGACAAUUGGUUAUGUGUAGCGCCGAACUGUUCGAACAGGAAGCAACAGGGUCGCCCGGGGGACUCCGGAGGCCCGCUGGUGUAUGACGGACGUGUCAUUGGAGUAGCUAGUACCAUUUCAAUUUAUACUACUACACGUUAUACCCCUAUUACAUAUUAUACCCCUGUGAGCCCAUAUUUAGAAUGGAUUCAAAAGACUAUAUAUACGCUUGAAUGACGUUUAAAUAAAUGAUGAUUAUAAUGUCAUUGUUUCUAUCGAAUCAAAACAAACUCCAUUAUUAACCUUGACGGCCCAAUAGUUUCAGUAUUUUAUAUUAAGUUUUAGAACCAAUCAAAAUAAUAAUCAAAAUUAAAAACUUAAAUUUUGUAUGUCUGAAACUGAUAUUGA